AGCCGCUCCCUAAAAAACCGUAAGCGUGUGUUGCUGUUUAUAGGACUGCGUCUCCGCCGAAAGUGCCUGUUCAGCUCGCUUGGAUUUAGCAGUUCGUCGUCGCAAUUGAGUUUGAGCAAGUUUUAGCGGUCAGUUUGGUAGUUUUUACGAAAAAACGAGCGACCGUUAUUUGUCUCGAGUGUUGGAAAAUGAAUGAAUGGUGUUUGGUGAAAGUGGCAGGCUGGCGCAACAGCCGUGUCCAAAUAGGGCUGGCUGCGUGGUGUCAGCGUCAAGGCCCACAGUGCGUCCGACAGUUGCAGUGAUAAGUAUAGCCGGACCGCGCUGACACUGGAGCUCAGGUCUGGGACAGUGAAGUGCUCAAUGGGCACAUUUUUAAUAACAACAACGUUUGUGUGAAGAGAGCUUCCUGUGUUGUGAUAAAGGACAAACAUACGAGAACUUGAGAAUAGCGGAGGUGUCGGGGUCACUGGAUCAGUGGUGACUAAGGUCUUCCUGUUUGGCGCAUGGCCUCAGGUGGCUGGUUUUGGCCAUGGCAAUGACACGCUUCUACAUACAGAAAGGCACACACAAGGGUCUGUACAGAAGUAUAGCAAGGACACUCAAGUUUUUCCAGACCUUUGCAUUAGUUGAGGUGGGACAUUGUGCCAUUGGAAUCGUGAGGACUUCUGUGAUUGUAACUGGGGUUCAAGUGUGUUCGCGGAUUUUUAUGGUUUGGUUCAUCACCAACAGCAUCAGACAGAUCCAGAGUGAAGAAAGCGUAAUCCUAUUUCUGGUUGUGUGGACGGUGACAGAGAUUACCAGAUAUUCCUACUACACAUUCAAACUGCUCAACCACCUGCCGUACUUCAUCAAAUGGGCCAGAUACAACCUCUUCAUUGUCUUGUACCCGGUGGGAGUCGUUGGUGAGCUGCUCACCAUUUAUGCUGCACUGCCGUUCGUACGCAGGUCUGGAAUGUACUCCAUGAGGCUCCCAAACAAGUAUAACGUGUCGUUUGACUACUACUACUGCCUCAUCAUCGUCAUGCUGUCCUACAUCCCACUGUUUCCUCAGCUCUACUUCCACAUGCUGCGGCAGAGAAGGAGGAUGCUUCACGGGGAGGUCAUAGUGGAGAAGGACGACUAGAUGAGCACCACCUCCCACCUUCAUUUGAGCCAGCCUGCCCUCCACUUCACCCUCACCUCCACCACCGCUUCAUCUUCAUCUCUGUCUCACCUUUUAGCACUAUCAGCCGUUACAUUCUUCAUUGCACGGGACCUAAAGAACCACACAGUUGACGAUGGCUACCAGCCAGUGACAAUCAGUAAUAACGACAAAGCCACGGAGUAAAACCACAGUAGUAAUACCAGAUCUGGAGUGUUUCUUUGCAGGAUUCAUUCCUAUCUGAAUGGUAAUAUUGGAAACAUGUUUACAGUCCCAGUGUUGCUGGAGCUAGAGACAGAAGCCUGUGGCGUCACGUCUCAGCACUCAGAGAUCACGAGUUCUUUAUUCACCCACCAGCCUUACUGCAUCUUGUUGCACUGAAGCAUCGCAGCCUGAGAGAAAUGAGCACUGAGCCACAACACUGCAUCCCGAAGAAGGAAGAGCCAAAUGAGGGGGGGGUAAAUUAAAUUAGUCGCCUCAAUUCAGUUCAUCAUUCAGCCCACGCAACUGGCAGAUUAAGUGUAUAUUAAGUAUUUCAUACAUAAAAUAAGGUUUCAAAGCGAAAAUAUUCAUACCUCAACAAUAAAUCUACAUUUGGACAAUAUGCUGCUUCUUGUGUGUAUGUGUGUAACCCUAUGUGUAAACGAUGCAAUGUGAAAUGAGCAGUUAACACGAAUCAUAUUUCUUAACAGUAAUUUAUUCGCAUACUGUGAGCAAGCAAAGCUCCGACUUAACAUUGUGUCCGCUUGGCUCAGCUCGUGCUUUCUUUUAUGUUGUUCUGAUGUUUACUAUGUCAAAUUAAUUUACAAGAGUGCAUCUUAAACUAAAUUCGAGUCUUCACAAAAGUAGUAACUUCUUCUUUUUUUUCUCUAUAGGCCGCUGUAGGUAUGAGACUACAAUUCAAAUUUAUGUGAGCACUUCAGUCUUCAGUCUCUGUCUUGUUUGUUUUUGAAAAUAUCCGGUGUCUACAUCGAUUGGACAGUAGUUAGACUCCCUCCUACCAAAGGUGCUAUUGUGAGAUCAUUUUAGUCUUCUGUGCAGCUGAAGGAGUGACUGUGAUUGGAGAUGACCUAAAGCAGGAAAUCAGGAUGUGAAAUGACUGAGGGGAAAUGUUAGCGAAGAACUGCAUAGCCCAUGGUUAUCAAAGAAAAAAACCUUUUUGCUUGUAAUCUGGGUUAGUGGGAAAACAAUAAAAGAAAGUUAUUUAAGGGAAAAAAACAAUAAAAAUGUGAAAAUACCUUUUUGUGCAAAUUCAAUAAACUAAAUUCUACAAUA